AUAUGUAGUAACCUCUGAGAAUAAGUACUUAAACUUAUGAACUCUGAGUAAUGUGCUAUGUGCUUUUACUAACAACUGAAUUUGGCAACAAUGAUGCAUUAGAGAACUAUGAUACAUGGACGUUUGAUCAAGGAUAAAGUAGAUAGUAUUGGAGAAAAAUUCUACUUUGAUGGCCAUUAUGAAAUAUCCAAUGCUCUAAUAAAGCCUAUGCCUAGGCAUUUUGAAAUAGCCAUCACAAAUAAUCCCUAUCAAUUGACCUUUAUUGAAAACACCCUGGUGCAACCAACAUGUUCUAUAAGUGGUGAAGUUGAACCUGAAUUCGAAGCAAUAUCUGCAAUAGCUAAGGCUCAUUUCUUAGAUGAAAUUUGUGGUAUGUUACAUUACUAUCUCCAUUAUCUUACAUUCCUGUUUGACAUAUGUUAUCCAUAUAUUACAACUCAUAUGAUUCAGGAAAAAAUUAUACUUAAUGCAGAACUUCAGCCAACAAGUCCUACAGCAUAUGAUAUUUGUGAAGAUGCUACCUAUGUUCUCUUUGCAGAGAAAGAAGUGCGAUUGGUUGAUUCUUUUUAUGGACAAAAAGCAUAUGUAAGAGAAGUUGUUAUAACAGAUCAAACGUAAGCCUAAUCCUAUACCAUUUUUUCAUCAUAAUUUAGUUAUAUAAUCCAUAAUCUAGAUUCCAUUCAUUUAAUUACACAUUUCACGGGAACGCUCAACCAAUCAUUGUUAAUGUUUGGAACCACCUUACUGGAAGUGCUUGUGAGAAAAUGAAUGUAUGGGAUGAAAAAUUUAUAGUUGUUGGUUUUACAUCAGUGAAGGCCUGCACUUUGAAAGGUUAGCUAAUGUUAUUUAUAUAUUUCAAGUAUGAAAUUUAUUUCUUACUAAUUUUGAAAUGAUGUUGAUCUUUCCAUGCAUGAGUAAGUCUGAAUAAAUUGUGAUAAUAGGGUCUUAGAGCCUGUAAGAUUUUUAGGCUCACAUAUAUUUCCUCCGCCAUAAUCACCUUGCCUAAUUGCUUAUAUUUCUCUUGUAUCAUAUUCUUUAGAGAUUCCUUUUUGCCUCGUGCCACAGAUAACAUUAAAAGUUUUAAAUCAUGCACUAUUAUAUUUUCCUUAUGAUGACCUAACGAGUGAUCAUACUUCCUUCUAAGUGCAGUAUAAAUUAAAGGGCUAGAGAAAUUUAUAACUUUGUAGGAUUUAAUACAGUUGAUCUAAUGAAAAGUUACAAGUCUAAAGAUGUUAUCUAUGUUUUUACUAGGAAAGAUAGUAGGUGUAUGGAGGAUAGGGAUUAGGUGUUGUUUUCUGGUCCUCAUUCCUUUUUUUUUGCUAAGCCUAUCCUGGUAAAGGCCUUGACGCCUAAUUUUCAUUUCCAGAAGGAAUUACUCUGUUGUGGGUUAGAUUGCUUGACUUUAGUCUUCAUUGCUAGACUAAGGAUUCCUUGAGUAGAGUUGGUAGUACUCUAGGUGUACCUUUUUUUUGCAGAUGUCUAUACUUCUAAAAAGCUUAGAAUUUCCUUUGAUUGAAUCCUGAUUGAAAUGGAUACACUGAUGAUCAUAUUAACACUAAUCAACUAUUAUACAGCAAAGAUGCAUCGCUAAACUAACAAUACUAUAUUUAAAAUAGGUUUAUGUCUAUCAACUGGAAUGGAUACAUGAAUAAUAUAUGAACCAAAAGAAGAUAGAGCUAAUGUCCGACGUGAAUAGUAUGAAUGUUUUUACUCAUUAUCCUAUGGGAUAAUAAUAUCACUAUUACAUAUAUAAUCAGCAUAUCAACUUUGCAAGGCAAGCCUUUAUGAACAGAGGCUCCUAGAUCGACAAGCUAGAAUUCUUCAUGUCCGAUAUCCUGAAAAUCCACAUGAGACUGUCACAGUUCAAUAUUCCAAGGAUAAGAAGGUUUCUAUUCCAACAUUGAUAAAUAUAUAUGCACUAAUACGUCUUCUUUGUUAAUCUACAGCACACUCUAACUUUAUAUCUUAAAUAUAGGCACAAAAUGCAUUGCAAGAUGAAAGACAUUGGCUGCUAGCAACUAUACCAUCUGCAAAUUUGGAACAACUAACCAUAUAUACAGGAUGCUUGAAGUGUGGAAAACCAACAAAUUUACCUAACGGAAGAGAAUAUGCCUGCAGAAAAUGUUAUACUAAAGAAACUGUUGCUUGUAUCAGGUAACAUAGACAUUAAAAGUACAUCUAUAAUCUUAUUUUUAUGAAUGGAGUAUGUUUAAAACCUUUCUAAUAUGAAAUAUAUGUGCAGGAUUGCUUUUAUGUUUGAUGUUAUAGACAACACUGAUCGCAUAACACUUACAGCAUUUAACAAUGAUGCUGAAAAAGUCUUGGGCAUGCAUGAUAGUAGAUAUAUGAUGUAAAAACAAAUGUAUGUGCUCUACUUCAUAUACAAUUAAAAGAAUACAAAUUGAUUAAACUAUCUCUAUGACAUUUGAUGGUACUCGAACAAUCACUAUACUUGCAUUUGCCUUAUGGUACUAAUAUACAAAUAUGAUAAUUUUAACAAGAGCAUCAUAUCUCUUUUUAAAUGGCAAAGAAGAAAUUCAAUUCAAAAUUGCUGCAUAUGAAAGUUACUCCUACACCAGCAUUAUAUGCAACUAACAAACUACAAUGGUCAAUAGAGGAAGUUGUCAUUAAGGAAGAUCUGUAUACCCUUCCACACUCUAACAAUGCUUCAGGCACCACAAGCAGAGAAGAAAUUGAUAAGCAUAACACUAUCAUUGAAUCAAUGGGAGAAGAUAAAACCAUGGAACAAGUCAAAGGCAACACUAAGAACACAAGAAUACUAUUGAUGGAACAAUAUCCAUAACCAUAGGUGUUAAAGACUGAAGCAGCAUUACCAGACUGGUCAAUGCAUAAGCGACAUCGCACUUCUCUAGAAAAGCAAGCCACUACAGACAACAACUCAGCUUCAAGUGCAGGAACUCAAGUUUGACCUACUAAUAUUAUAACCUUAGGUAAAAAUCUUCUUUUGCUUGUAGUAAAGUAACAAGUCUUCCACCUCAGUGCUGCAUUUUGCUCAUCUUUAGGAGGGUGAUCCCAUCGUAAGGGGUACUCUCCUUAAAUGCCCAUGGUCACUUAAAAGCCUAGGA